AUGGCCACCGUGUUGGACAAGAGGGUGGAGUUCCUGGAGAACUACUCCAUGCUCGCCUUGCGGUUCAAGCCGGACAAAUGGGUCAAGUUCCUGGGCAGCGAGGAGAUCAGCGCCCUGCUCGUGGAGUUCUUUGAGAAGCAGGAUGUGCUGGUGCUGGUGCUGACCCUCAACCCCGCCGGGCAGCUAACGCCCUGCCUGGAGUUCCCCCCCGUGCUCAAGAGCAAAGCAGUUUACUUUGUGAAGAGGAAGAGGGAAAACAUCACCAAGGAAAACUUCCAGACCGGGCUCCUGGUGGGUGAUAUCAGCCCCUCCCCAGUGGAUCAGCUAAUGGCAGUGGUGGAGGAGGUGGUUUAUUCCUUAUUCAUGAAUGAGGAGAACAAGAGUGGGUGGCCUAAAGUGGUGUCUGAUGAUGUUGUGAAACAAGCCCACAGACUGAAAAAUGAAAUGUUUGUGAUGGGAGGAAAGAUCAAAGGGAAGACGCUGCUCCCUCUUCCAGAGCACCUGGAGAACCUAGGCAGUUCCACUGAUUCCCUAGACAGACUCCCUGCGGCAAUGGACAGCUCCUUAUUACAUGCCAUUGAGACGAUAAUAAUAGACUGGUCUCAUCAGAUAAGAGAUGUACUGAGCAAAGAUUCUGCCCAGCCCCUGCUGGACGGAUCGAACCCAUCGCCAAAGGUGGAGUUUGAAUUCUGGAGCUCCAGGCUGGUCAAUCUGCAAUGCAUUCAUGAGCAGCUGCUUGCACCAAGAGUGAAUAAAAUAGCAGAGAUUUUGAAAAAGGCAAAGAGUUGCUACUGGCCUGCUCUGAAGAAUGUUUUCAAGGAAGUCAGUGCAGGAGUGAAGGAAGCCAAUGAUAUUAAUCUAUACUUGCAACCACUUAAGGUUUUGUUGGAGGAAAUGGAACAAACAGAAUACCCUCAGCUGUCUCCCUACAUUGACAGCGUCAUGUACACUGUCUGUUUAAUAUGGGCUAACUCGGAACACUAUAACACGCCAUCCAGGAUCAUUGUCAUCUUACAGGAGAUCUGCAACCUCUUAAUUGAAAUGACCCGAACCUUCCUGAGCCCCGAGGAAGUGAUGAAAGGCUUGCAAGGAGAAAUAGAAGAGAUCUUGGGAGGGAUCAAACUAGGGCCUUCAAUUAUAGAGAGACUUUACCAAACCUACCACAGGUGCAGCUCGGAGCUGAUGCCCACGUUCUUUAAGGACAAGGAGGCCAGGCUAUGGGAGUUCCCUUCAUCUCUUGUGUUUACCAGAAUGAAUUCAUUUUUGCACAGACUGAAGACUAUAGAGGAGUUGUACGUAACAGCUAUUGAAUUUCUGAAGCUGGAGAAAAUUGAGUUGGGAGGAGUGAGAGGAAACAUCCUUGGGAGCAUGGUAUUUCAGAUUUAUGAGGAAGUCUCUGAACUCAUUAAGGUUUUUGCUGAUUGCAGAUAUGAUCCCUUAGAUCCUGCAGAAGAGGAAUUUGAUGAAGAUUUUGCAGAGUUCCAGACCAAAAUUCAGGAUUUAGAUAGAAGAUUGGCAACCAUUUUUUCUCAGGGAUUUAAUGACUGUAAUAGUAUUGAAUCUGCUGUCAAGCAAAUACACAUGUUUGGAUCGCUAUUGGACCGACCUCUGAUAAAAGCAGAAGUGUCCCCUCACUAUUCCACCCUUUUGGAAAUGUUUAAUGUUGAAUUGGACAAUGCAAAGAUAAUGUAUGAUGCCCAGAUUGCGGCCACGAAGUCAGGAGGCGUGCCACCUAUCAGCAAAAAUAUGCCUCCUGUUGCUGGGCAGCUGAAGUGGACUCUGGAGCUCCAAGAAAGACUAGAGACUCCAAUGAAGGAAUUGCAAGCCAUUGAUCACCCUGUUAUGGUCAGUGCUGAAGCUAAACUGGUGUCCGAGAAGUAUAACGAGAUGAUGCGUUUGCUGCAGAAUUACCGAGAGAAGACCUAUGAAGAGUGGAUAAGUAGAGUAGAUGCAGACUGCCAAUUUAACCUCGAACAGCCGCUGAUACGGAGAGAUCCAGACGCUACUCUCAUCAGUGUGAACUUCAACAAGGAGCUAGUUGCUGUUCUACGUGAAGUCAAGUAUUUGAAUUUUCAGAAGCAAAAAGAUAUUCCAGAUAGUGCUGGCAAUCUCUUUUCUCAAAAUGAAACUUUCCGGAAGUUUGUGGGCAAUCUGGAUCUCAUUGUCGGUUGGUACAAUAAGAUCAAGACAACCAUACUGUCAGUAGAGCUUCCACUGGUCAAGCAGGAGUUAGAAGAGAAUGAUGUCAAGCUGCAGAAAGCUGAAACCACCUUGUUUUGGAGCAGUGAAGGUGUUAUGGAAUAUAUUCAGGAGAUGAGAAAUGUCUUGCAUGAUUUAGAGGCAAGAAUCCAGAAAACUAAAUUAAAUGUGGAGAAUAUCAGCCAGCUUAUGCAGGAAUGGUCAGCCAGUCCUCUCUUUGAAAGGAAAGACAAUAAGGAAAUGUCUCUCUUAGACUUGGAUGGAAAAGCUAAUACCAUCAACAAACGCUAUGCAGCAAUUAAAGAUGCUGGACAAAAGAUUCAGACUAUGCUUAUGGAGAAUGCAGACUUAUUUAAGGCUGAUAAGACAUCCAAAACAUGGCAAGAUUAUGUGGAAUAUGUGGAUGACAUGGUUUUGGAUGGAUUCUUCCGGUUUAUUCGCAAAUCUUUACAGUUUCUGCUCACCAACAUGGCAGCUGAUGCCAAUGCAGCUCCUUUGUUUGAAGUGCACAUGGAACUACAUAAUGAUGAAUUAAGAUACCGUCCAUCGCUGGAAGUGGGAGCAGAUAAUGGUUUUCUGGAAGUGGUGGAAAAUCUAAUGAAUGAUAUCUAUAACACAGCUAAACUUAUACCCCGGCUGGCUAAGAGGAAGCUCAGCUACAAGAGUGACCUAGAAGAUACGUCAGAUCUAAUUGAAAUAAGAGAGGAGGUGGUUUCUCUAGUUGUCAGUGCCAUGAAACAAGCUGAGGAAUAUGAAGACUCCUUUGAGAAAUAUUCUUAUCUGUGGUUGGAUGAUCACCACGAGUUUAUGCAGCGCUUCCUCAUGUUUGGUCACGUGUUCACCCCAGAGGAGCUGGAGUCUCAUGCAGAGGACUACUUGCCACACAUCCCACCCACCCUAGAGCAGUUCCAGCAACAGAUUGACUCCUAUGAGAAGCUCUACGAGGAAGUGUCCAAGUUUGAGAACACCAAGGUGUUCAAUGGCUGGCUGCAGAGCGACUGCCGUCCGUUCAAGCAAGCACUUCUAAAUAUUAUCAAGCGCUGGAGCCUGAUGUUUAAGCAGCAUCUCAUUGACCAUGUCACUACCAGUCUCCAGGAGCUAGCAGCUUUCAUGAAAGACGCAAAUGCGGGCUUGACUAAACCUUUGAAAGGAGAUUAUAAUGGGCUGGUGGAGGUGAUGGGACACUUGAUGAGAGUCAAAGAUAGACAAACUGCUACAGACCACAUGUUUGAGCCCUUAAAGCAAACAAUCGAACUGCUAAAGACUUACGGAGAAGAGAUGCCGGAAGAAAUUCAUAUGCAGCUGCAUGAUCUGCCGGAGCAAUGGAACAACACCAAGAAGUUAUCUUUCCAGGUGAAACAGAAUGUGGCUCCUCUGCAGGCCACUGAGGUCACAAUCCUUCGGAGGAAGUGUCAGCAGUUUGAGAUUAAACAGCACGAAUUCAGGGAGAAAUUUCGAGAAGAUGCUCCCUUUUCUUUUACUGGCCCAGAUCCAUAUCGGUCCUUAAACACGCAACAAAAGAGCAUCACUGCCAUGGAGAGUGAAAUGGAAGCCCUGUCCAAAUCAGCUGGGUUGUUUGAGGUGUCAGUCCCAGAUUAUAAACAGCUCAAAGCAUGCCAUAAAGAAGUACGUUUACUCAAAGAGCUCUGGGAUAUGAUUGUCUUGGUUAAUACAAGCAUCGAUGACUGGAAGACCACCAGAUGGAAAGAGAUUAAUGUGGAGCAAAUGGAUAUUGAUUCUAAAAAGUUUGCUAAAGAUGUGAGAAGUUUGGAUAAAGAAAUGAGACCCUGGGAUGCAUUCACAGGAUUGGAUAACACAGUGAAAAAUGUGAUAACCUCCCUCCGAGCUGUGAGUGACCUUCAGAAUCCUGCUAUUAGAGAACGUCAUUGGCAUGAGCUCAUGCAAGCGACCAAGGUGAACUUUAUAAUGUCAGACAAGACAACUCUUGCCGACUUGUUGCAGCUGAAUCUACACAAUUUUGAGGAUGAAGUUCGCAGUAUUGUAGACAAGGCUGUGAAAGAAUCAGGAAUGGAGAAGGUAUUGAAAGCCCUGGAUAGUACGUGGUCAACCAUGCAGUUUGAACAUGAACCCCAUGCUAGAACUGGUACCAUGCUGCUCAAAUCUGAUGAAUUACUCAUCGAGACCUUGGAGGAUAACCAAGUGCAACUUCAGAACCUGAUGACUUCCAAGUAUCUAGCUCACUUUCUUCAGGAGGUGUCAGGCUGGCAACAGAAAUUAUCUACUGCUGACUCUGUUAUUAGUAUCUGGUUUGAAGUGCAGAGAACUUGGAGCCAUCUGGAGAGCAUCUUCAUUGGUUCUGAAGACAUCCGGAAUCAGUUGCCAGAAGAUUCUAAACGUUUUGAUUCUAUCGAUAGAGAUUUUAAAGAAUUAAUGGCUGAAGCAGUAAAAACCCCUAAUGUAAUUGAAGCAACAAAUAAACCAGGCCUUUAUGAGAAGUUAGAGGCCUUACAGAAAAGCUUGGCACUUUGUGAAAAGGCUUUGGCUGAAUAUCUAGAGACAAAAAGGUUGGCUUUUCCCAGGUUCUACUUUGUUUCAUCUGCAGACCUGCUGGAUAUUUUAUCAAAUGGAAAUGACCCUGUUGAGGUAUGCCGCCACUUGUCUAAACUGUUUGAUAGCAUGGCUAAGCUAAAGUUCAGAAUGGAUCCAGACAACAAGCCUUUGAAGAUUGGCUUGGGAAUGUACAGUAAGGAGGAUGAGUAUGUGGAUUUUGAUAAGGAAUGUGACUGUUCUGGGCAGGUUGAGGUUUGGUUAAAUCGAGUGCUCGAGAGAAUGUGCUCCACGUUACGCCAUGAAAUUCCUGAGGCUGUUGUGACAUAUGAAGAAAAGCCACGAGAGCAAUGGUUAUUUGAUUAUCCAGCACAGAUUGCGUUAACCUGCACUCAGAUCUGGUGGACAACAGAGGUCGGCAUUGCGUUCUCAAGACUGGAGGAAGGUUAUGAAAAUGCGAUUAAAGAUUACAACAAAAAGCAGAUUAAUCAGUUAAACACGCUGAUUACAUUACUCAUUGGGAACUUAACCUCAGGAGACAGGAUGAAGAUCAUGACAAUCUGUACCAUAGAUGUACAUGCCAGAGAUGUCGUGGCAAAAAUGAUCCUUGCUAAGGUGGAGAAUUCUCAAGCGUUUACCUGGCAGUCCCAGCUCAGACAUCGGUGGGAUGAAGGAAAAAAGCAUUGCUAUGCUAAUAUAUGUGAUGCUCAACUUCAGUAUUCCUAUGAAUAUCUGGGUAACAGCCCUCGACUGGUCAUUACUCCACUUACAGACCGCUGCUACAUCACUCUGACCCAGUCCCUUCACCUGAUAAUGGGGGGUGCACCUGCAGGCCCUGCUGGCACAGGGAAAACUGAGACCACUAAGGACCUGGGCCGAGCUGUAGGGAUCAUGGUCUAUGUCUUCAACUGCUCUGAGCAAAUGGACUACAAGUCCUGUGGAAAUAUCUACAAAGGGUUAGCACAGACUGGAGCCUGGGGAUGCUUUGAUGAAUUCAAUCGCAUUUCAGUGGAAGUUUUAUCAGUGAUUGCUGUGCAGGUAAAAUGUGUGCAAGAUGCAAUUCGUGCCAAAAAGAAAACAUUUAAUUUCCUUGGAGAGAUAAUAGCUCUUAUACCAACAGUUGGACUAUUCAUUACAAUGAACCCCGGCUAUGCAGGCCGGACUGAAUUGCCUGAAAAUCUAAAGGCUUUAUUCAGACCCUGUGCUAUGGUUGUCCCAGAUUUUGAGCUUAUCUGUGAAAUCAUGCUUGUUGCAGAAGGUUUUCUUGAUGCCAGACUUCUUGCUAGAAAGUUUAUUACUCUCUAUACACUAUGCAAAGAGCUACUUUCUAAGCAGGAUCAUUAUGACUGGGGCUUGAGAGCUAUUAAGUCUGUGCUGGUGGUAGCAGGUUCCUUGAAGAGAAGCGACCCUGGCCGUCCGGAGGAUCAAGUCCUAAUGAGAGCUUUACGAGACUUCAACAUCCCCAAGAUUGUGACGGAUGACUUGCUAGUGUUCAUGGGACUAAUUGGAGACCUUUUCCCAGCACUGGACGUACCUAGAAAACGGGAUCUGAACUUUGAAAAGAUUAUUAAGCAGUCCAUCCUUGAGCUCAAGCUGCAAGCAGAGGAGAGCUUUGUGCUGAAGGUGGUGCAGCUUGAGGAGCUGCUCCAAGUGAGACACUCGGUGUUUGUCAUUGGCAACGCAGGCAGUGGCAAGUCCCAGGUUUCCUUGCAGGUACUGAAAUCCCUGAAUAAGACUUACCAAACCUUGAAAAAAAGGCCUGUUGCUGUGGACCUUGACCCUAAAGCUGUAACCUGUGAUGAGCUAUUUGGAGUCAUUCAUCCAGCUACUAGAGAAUGGAAAGAUGGUCUGUUUUCUACAACAAUGCGAGACCUGGCGAACAUCACUCACCUGGGUCCCAAAUGGAUCAUUCUCGAUGGAGAUAUAGAUCCCAUGUGGAUUGAAUCUCUGAAUACUGUCAUGGAUGAUAAUAAGGUGCUCACCUUAGCGAGCAAUGAGCGAAUCCCAUUAAAUCCCACCAUGAGACUCCUCUUUGAGAUCAGCCACCUGAGGACAGCAACGCCAGCAACAGUAUCCAGGGCUGGAAUUCUCUAUAUCAACCCUGCAGAUCUGGGCUGGAACCCUGUGGUGAGCAGCUGGAUUGAGAAGCGAAAUGUACAGUCUGAAAAAGCAAACUUAAUGAUUCUGUUUGAUAAAUACCUGCCUACAUGUCUAGAUAAACUGAGGUUCGGGUUCAAGAAGAUUACCCCAGUCCCUGAAAUUACUGUCAUACAAACCAUACUGUAUCUGCUGGAAUGUCUCCUGACUCCAACUAACACGCCUCCAGACUCCUCAAAAGAGCUAUAUGAACUGUACUUUGUUUUUGCGUGUUUCUGGGCAUUUGGAGGAGCAAUGUUUCAAGACCAGCUGGUGGACUAUCGUGUAGAGUUCAGUAAAUGGUGGGUGAAUGAAUUUAAAACCAUCAAGUUUCCAUCUCAAGGGACUAUUUUUGACUAUUAUAUAGAUCCAGAAAGUAAGAAAUUCAUGCUUUGGAAUGAUAAAGUGCCAACAUUUGAGCUGGACCCAGAUGUUCCCUUACAGGCUUCUGUAGUCCAUACGACAGAAACCAUCCGAAUUCGCUAUUUUAUGGAUUUGCUAGUGGCAAAGAAGUGGCCUGUGAUGUUAGUGGGGAAUGCAGGCACAGGGAAGUCGGUCAUGAUGGUGGACAAACUGCAGUCUCUGAACACUGAGGACUACCUCUUGCAGGCUGUUCCCUUUAACUUCUACACGACCUCGGCCAUGCUGCAGGCUAUUCUCGAGAAGCCCUUGGAGAAGAAAUCUGGGAGAAACUUUGGUCCUCCAGGCACAAAGAAGCUUAUUUACUUCAUAGAUGAUAUGAAUAUGCCUGAAGUGGACAAAUAUGGCACAGUAGCUCCUCAUACACUGAUCAGGCAGCACAUAGACCAUGGGCACUGGUAUGACAGAAACAAGCUGACAUUAAAGGACAUUCACAACUGUCAGUAUGUAGCCUGCAUGAAUCCAACCUCUGGAUCCUUUACGAUUGACUCCAGACUUCAGCGACACUUUUGUGUGUUUGCUGUGAGUUUUCCUGGCCAAGAAGCACUUGUGAGCAUUUACAGCACCAUCCUGGCACAGCACAUGGCAAUCCGUAACAUUCCGGUCCCCACUCAGAAGAUCCUGUCACCACUAAUUGCGGGAGUGCUGGCCUUACAUCAGAAAAUUACAUCAUCAUUUCUGCCUACGGCCAUCAAAUUUCACUAUGUCUUCAACCUCCGGGACCUCUCUAACAUAUUUCAGGGACUGUUGUUCUCCACUGCUGAAUGCCUUAAAACUCCGAUUGACCUCGUCCGGCUCUGGCUACAUGAAGCUGAGAGAGUGUAUGGAGAUAAGCUCAUUGAUGAGAAAGAUAAAGAAAGCUUUGGAAGAGUUCUAGCAGCUACCUGUAAAAAAUACUUUGAUGAACUUGGUGAGAAUCUGCUGUUUUCAAAGCCCAACAUUUACUGUCACUUUGCCCAGGGCAUUGGAGAGCCCAAGUACCUCCCUGUGUCAGACUCCGGGUACCUGAACAAGCUGUUAGUGGAAGCCCUGGAGACGUACAAUGAGGUCAAUGCUGUGAUGAAUUUGGUGCUGUUUGAAGAUGCCGUGUCUCACAUUUGCAGAAUUAAUCGGAUAUUAGAGUCUCCCCGAGGGAAUGCCUUAUUGGUGGGAGUAGGAGGGAGCGGAAAGCAAAGUCUUUCCCGACUAGCAGCCUGUAUUAGUGCUCUGGAUGUAUUUCAGAUCACACUGAAGAAAGGAUAUGGAAUUCCUGACCUCAAGCUGGAUCUGGCCUCUCAGUAUAUCAAAGCAGCCGUGAAGAAUACACCCACCGUAUUCCUAAUGACAGAUUCACAGGUUGCUGAGGAGCAAUUCUUGGUCUUGAUCAAUGAUCUCUUAGCCUCUGGAGAGAUCCCAGGACUCUUUCAGGAUGAUGAAGUGGAAAAUAUUAUUGGUGCCAUGAGGCCACAAGUGAAAUCUCUUGGAAUGCAAGAUACAAGGGAAAACUGCUGGAAAUUCUUUAUAGACAAAGUCAGGCGGCAGUUAAAGGUCAUCCUGUGCUUCUCUCCUGUGGGUUCUACGCUGCGGGUACGUGCAAGGAAAUUCCCUGGAGUAGUCAACUGCACGGCCAUCGACUGGUUCCAUGAAUGGCCUGAAGAUGCUCUGGUGUCCGUCAGUGGCAGAUUCUUGGAGGAAACAGAGGGAAUUGAGCCAGAAGUCAAGAUCUCCAUCAGUCAAUUUAUGUCCUAUGUCCACAAAACAGUAAAUGAGAUGUCCAAAGUCUACCUAGCCACUGAGAGGCGCUAUAACUAUACAACACCGAAAACCUUUCUGGAACAGAUCAAACUUUACCAGAAUCUGCUCUCUAAAAAGAGAAGAGAGCUCAUUGCAAAAAUUGACAGGUUGGAGAACGGCUUAAUGAAGCUUCAGAGUACUGCUUCCCAGGUUGAUGACCUAAAAGCCAAACUUGCUGUCCAAGAGCUGGAGCUGAAGCAUAAGAAUGAGGAUGCAGAUAAACUGAUCCAGGUAGUAGGUGUUGAAACUCAGAAAGUGAGCAAGGAGAAGGUGAUUGCUGAUGAGGAGGAGCUGAAGGUUCAGGUCAUUAACACGAACGUAACAGAAAAACAAAGAGCCUGUGAGACUGACUUGGCGAAAGCAGAGCCUGCUUUAUUAGCGGCCCAAGAAGCUCUAGACACUCUCAAUAAGAACAACCUGACAGAGCUGAAGUCUUUCGGUUCACCUCCUGAAGCAGUGGUUAAUGUCACAGCAGCUGUGAUGAUACUGACAGCUCCAGGGGGCAAGAUACCAAAGGACAAAAGCUGGAAGGCAGCUAAAAUCAUGAUGGGGAAAGUAGAUUCUUUCCUGGAUACCUUAAAGAAGUAUGAUAAAGAGCACAUUCCUGAACCCUGUCUGAAAGCAUUUAAGCCCUAUCAGUCAGAUCCAACCUUUGACCCUGAGUUCAUACUCUCCAAGUCAACAGCUGCAGCAGGUCUGUGCUCCUGGUGUUUAAAUAUUGUUCGCUUCUAUGAAGUGUACUGUGAUGUCGCACCUAAGAGGCAGGCGCUAGAGGAGGCUAAUGCAGAAUUGGCAGAGGCACAAGAUAAACUCAGUCACAUUAAAAACAAGAUUGCAGACCUAAAUGCCAACUUGGCAACUCUAACAGCAGAAUUUGAAAAGGCCACAGCUGAAAAAAUCAAAUGCCAACAAGAGGCUGAUGCUACUAACAGAGUCAUCACCUUAGCAAACAGGCUUGUUGGAGGAUUAGCAUCGGAAAAUGUUCGCUGGGCUGAGUCUGUGGAGAACUUCAGAGACCAAGAGAAGACCUUGUGUGGAGAUGUCCUGCUAAUUUCAGCCUUUGUUUCAUAUGUUGGCUAUUUUACUAAGAAAUAUAGGACUGAGCUGAUGGACAAGUACUGGAUACCAUACUUAAAUGAACUGAAGGUGCCAAUUCCUGUUACACCAGGGUUGGAUCCUUUGAGCCUUCUGACUGAUGAUGCGGAUAUCGCUACCUGGAAUAACCAAGGGCUGCCCAGUGACCGCAUAUCUACAGAAAACGCCACGAUUCUGUGCAACACGGAGCGCUGGCCUCUCAUUGUGGAUGCCCAAUUACAAGGGGUCAAAUGGAUUAAAAACAAAUAUGGGGAAGAGCUGAAAUCAAUCAGACUGGGACAGAGAAGCUAUCUGGAUAUCAUUGAGCAAGCUAUAUCAGAGGGACACCCCCUGAUCAUCGAGAACAUCGGCGAGUCAGUGGAGCCUGUGCUGGACCCUUUGCUAGGCAGGAACACCAUCAAAAAGGGAAAAUACAUUAAGAUAGGCGAUAAAGAAGUGGAGUACCAUCCAGACUUUCGUCUGAUUCUGCACACCAAAUACUUUAACCCCCAUUACAAGCCAGAGAUGCAGGCUCAGUGCACUUUAAUUAACUUCCUGGUAACCAGAGAUGGACUGGAGGAUCAGCUGUUGGCAGCAGUGGUUGCAAAAGAGAGGCCAGACCUAGAGCAACUGAAGGCAAAUCUCACAAAAAGUCAAAAUGAAUUUAAGAUUUUAUUGAAAGAGCUGGAGGACUCUUUGCUUGCUCGCCUCUCUGCUGCAUCAGGAAACUUCCUGGGAGAUACCGCAUUGGUGGAGAAUCUAGAGACAACAAAGCAAACAGCCAUAGAAAUUGAGGAAAAAGUGAGAGAAGCUAAAAUUACAGAAAUUAAAAUUAAUGAAGCUAGAGAAAACUACAGGCCAGCUGCAGAAAGGGCAUCCUUGUUGUACUUUAUACUGAAUGACCUCAACAAAAUUGACCCCAUCUACCAGUUCUCAUUAAAGGCAUUCAAUGUAGUCUUUGAGAAGGCCAUCCAGCGAACUCUUCCCGCUGAAGACGUGAAGCAACGGGUGAUAAACCUAACAGAUGAGAUCACCUACUCGGUCUUCGUAUACACUGCACGGGGACUCUUUGAGAGAGACAAACUCAUUUUCAUGGCCCAAGUUGCCUUUCAGAUCUUGUUAAUGAAGAAAGAAGUGAACCCGGUGGAACUGGACUUUCUUUUGCGCUUUCCAUUCAAGGCUGGACUGACGUCCCCUGUGGAUUUCUUACAAUCUCAAGGAUGGGGAGGAAUUAAGGUCCUCUCAGAUAUGGAUGAGUUCAAGAAUUUAGACAGUGACAUUGAAGGUUCGGCAAAGCGAUGGAAAAAAUUUGUUGAGUCGGAGACGCCAGAGAAGGAAGUGUUCCCGAAGGAAUGGAAGAAUAAAUCAGCUCUGCAGAAGCUGUGUAUGAUGAGGUGCAUGAGGCCAGACAGAAUGACCUACGCAGUCAGAAACUUUGUGGAAGAGAAGAUGGGAAGUAAGUUUGUAGAAGGCAGAAGUGUUGAAUUUUCUAAAUCAUAUGAAGAGAGCAGCCCAUCCACUGCAAUAUUCUUUAUCCUCUCUCCAGGGGUUGACCCACUGAAAGAUGUAGAGGCACUGGGAAGAAAGCUAGGCUUUACCAUUGACAAUGGAAAAAUCCAUAAUGUGUCUCUAGGGCAAGGACAGGAAGUUGUGGCAGAAAAUGCUCUGGAUGUGGCUGCUAUUGAAGGACACUGGGUCAUUCUUCAGAAUAUCCACCUGGUUUCAAAGUGGCUGAGCACGCUGGAUAAGAAGGUUGAGAGAUACAGCAUUGGCAGCCAUGAGGAUUACAGGGUGUUUAUGAGUGCAGAACCUGCUCCCACUCCAGACACGCAUAUUAUUCCUCAAGGACUCCUAGAAAAUGCCAUUAAAAUUACCAAUGAGCCACCAACUGGCAUGCAUGCUAACUUGCACAAAGCACUGGAUCUCUUCACUCAGGAUACUUUAGAAAUGUGCACCAGAGAAAUUGAAUUUAAGUGCAUCUUGUUUGCGCUCUGCUACUUUCACGCAGUGGUAGCUGAAAGGCGUAAGUUUGGUGCACAGGGCUGGAAUCGGUCAUAUCCUUUCAACAAUGGCGAUCUGACUAUAUCCAUCAACGUGCUGUAUAAUUACCUGGAGGCUAAUGUCAAGGUUCCAUGGGACGAUCUUCGCUAUCUCUUUGGUGAAAUUAUGUAUGGGGGACACAUCACAGAUGACUGGGAUCGCAGGUUGUGUAGAACUUACCUGAGCGAAUACAUCCGGGUGGAGACGCUGGAAGGAGAAAUGAUCUUGGCUCCAGGGUUUUUAGUUCCACCCAACUCAGAUUACAAGGGUUAUCAUGAAUACAUUGAUGAGAACCUCCCCCCAGAGAGCCCGUACCUUUACGGGCUCCACCCCAAUGCCGAAAUUGGCUUCCUCACUGUCAAGUCUGAAAAGCUUUUCCGUACAGUUCUGGAAAUGCAGCCUAAGGAGUCUGAUGCUGGAGGAGGGACGGGUGUGUCCCGAGAGGAAAAGGUCAAGCAAGUCCUAGAUGAAAUCAUUGAAAAGCUACCGGAACCAUUUAAUAUGCUGGAAAUCAUGGCUAAAGCAGCAGAGAAGACCCCCUAUGUUGUGGUGGCCUUUCAGGAAUGUGAAAGAAUGAACAUCUUGACAAAUGAAAUGAGGCGCUCUUUGAAAGAGUUAAAUUUGGGGCUGAAGGGGGAGCUGACAAUCACAACAGACAUGGAGGAAUUGUCUAAUGCUCUCUUCUAUGAUAAUGUGCCUGACUUCUGGACAAACCAGGCCUACCCCUCCUUACUUGGCUUGGGAGCCUGGUAUGCUGACCUCCUGCUUCGGGUCCGGGAACUAGAGGCCUGGACGACUGACUUUGCACUACCUACAACAGUGUGGCUGGCAGGCUUCUUCAAUCCCCAGUCUUUUCUCACAGCUAUCAUGCAGUCCAUGGCCAGAAAGAAUGAAUGGCCACUUGACAAGAUGUGUCUUUCAGUGGAAGUGACCAAGAAAAACCGGGAGGAUAUGACGGCUCCACCGCGAGAAGGCUCCUAUGUGCAUGGGCUGUUCAUGGAAGGUGCUCGGUGGGACAUUCCUAGUGGUGUCAUCACAGAUGCUCGGCUGAAGGAGUUAACGCCCUCGAUGCCAGUCAUCUUCAUCAGAGCCAUCCCUGUGGACCGUAUGGACACCAAGAACGUCUACGAGUGCCCGGUCUACAAGACUCGCAUGCGAGGCCCCACCUACGUCUGGACCUUCAAUCUGAAGACAAAAGAGAAGCCAGCUAAGUGGAUUCUUGCUGCUGUUGCUUUGCUCUUACAGGUUUAAACUUUUACUGCCUAAGCAAAGCACUUGUUCCACAUGCUAAAGUACCACCCAGCUCAACACUAAUCCCAUUAGUCAGAAACUCCACCCAGCUUUUGGUCUGCCCCAAAGUAUUUUAAUAGUGACAAUAAAAGAAACGUGAAAUGAUGGUGUUAGUGCUCAUGAAAUGAUGGUGUUAGUGCUCAGGUGGAUAAAACAAUUGGCCACCAGUGCAUUGGUGUCACAAUACACAUCAGAGAGGUGCCAGCCAUGAGGACUCCACAAGGCAGGUUACAGUAAAGCACUUCGUGCCAGCACUGAAGAGGAGAAGGAAGCCAAAGUAAAGGCCUUGUCUACACCACCACAUUACAGUGCUGAAAUUUUCUUCCUUGGGGGGUGAAAAGACACCCCCCUCAGUGCUGUAAAGUGACAGUGUAGACAGUGCACCGGUGCUGGGAGCUACUCCCCUCGUGAGGGUGGGGGUUUUAAAGUGCUCACAGCACUGGUGCCACGACUACACAGCCACGUUCAAGUGCUUUAACGUUUAGUAGUGAAGACACCCCAAGUUUGUAUGUGACCAUCUGGUUUCCUCAGCACUUAGUGCCUGUUCAGUGCUCAUAUGUAGGCAAGGUCCCACUGGGCCACAUGCUGGAGUUCCAGUCCCUUCCCCAAAGAGCUUCCAAAGUAAACAGACCAGACAAAA